CCAGUGUGAACUCUGCAAUUUUUUAGGAUUCCUCGCGUCAAGAAAAGAUCGAUAAACAAAACGCCACGCAAACACGUGAGCGAGAUGGUCGUUUUUUUUUACUAGCACAAAAGAAAAGUUGUAGAUUGUAACUACAUCACUGUUUUUUUAACGAGGGGAGGAAUCAUUUUCACUUUCGAAACGUCAGUGGCCCAGUGGGCAGUGGCCUCUUCAGCUCACCAGAACAUGCCUGUUAGCACCUUUCAACAUGUUUUCAAAAAUCGAUCUACUUCCUCUCAUCUAGCAAGAACGGUGUUUGACCGCCAUGAAUAAUUAACUAUCUUGGCGAGUAGAAGCUGGUUGGCGUUUCGCAGUUUGAUGGAUUUUCCGGGAGAUGAAGAACUGCUGCGAUUCUUCCACUACUCCAAGGCUGAAAUGUCGUGCAUGGAAAACCCACACACAUUUAUACGCCAACUCAGAGAUUACGAUCUGAUUCCGGAACACAGCUACAAGAAAGUGAACCGGACAAAGAGCAAAGAGGCCUUGAAGAAAGGCCUCUAUGAGAUUCUGGACUGGUUGGAGAGAGAGCGACCACGGUCCAUCAAGAUGUUUUGGAGGUGUGUCCUCAAGGAGACCAUUGUCAACCAAUACCCCACCCUGAAAGCGUUGCGCAACAGUCUCCAAGAUGGUUCCUUUCAGUUGGAUACACACCUGUUUAACUGCAAGCCACAGGAGGAGACUCCUGUCAGUGAAAGGAAGGAGCCCCCUGAAAAUGAGAAUAUAGAGAGGAGGCAAGAAAUCUCAGUGUCAAAGAAGAAGAAAAACAAAAACAACCACUUGUGCAGUGACGAGGAGCAGCCCUCACAAUCGUCUCCAUCACCACAGAAAAGUCCAUUUAACGGCAACAGACAGGAGGAGACCGACGUCGGGGAAAGGAAGGAGCCAUCAGAAGAUGAGAACAUAGUCAGCAGGCAAGAAAUGCCGGUGCCAAAGCAAAAGAAGAAACGGAAAAUCAACAAUCAAUGCAGUGGGGAGAAGGAGCCCUCGCAAUUGACUUCCGCGCCAAAGAAAAAGAAAAUAUUGUUCUCCUCUCCAGUUAAGGGGGAUAAGAACGACAUCUGGACAUGGGCCAUCUAUAAGUCCGGCCUUCCUGUGACCUGCGGAAACUCGAAAGGGACACUGAACCAAGAGAGAUUUAGAAAAGGGCAGCCAUGCAUUUGGGUCAACAGUGAGUGGCUUACUCCCCAUGAAUUUGAACGUCUCGGGGGGAAGAGCAGUAACAGGAAUUGGAAGAGAAGCAUCCAAUGUAUGGACAAGCCCCUUGAAAAGCUUUUGAAGAGAGGACAUUUGCAAUGUGACCGCUUCAGACGGAGGGCUAAAAAGAAGUUAGUCUUCACCAGCGAUGAUGACAGUAAUACAGAUUCGAACCACGAUUAUGAAUCAGACAAAGACAGUGAAGUGGAUCCGAAGGAGAUGCCCAGCAGCAGCCAGGCCACAAACCGGGACAAGUCGGUGUUCAACGUGACGUGUGGAGCAGUCGCAGGCAAAUUAUACAGACAACGAUUUGCAUCAGGGACGUGUGGUCUGAGCAUUCGCACCGACACCUGCUGGAGGACCCCGGCAGACUUUGCGAAGGAGGCACUGGGCAGUCAGAAUGCCUCCUGGAAGAAAGACAUCCUGUGGGAAGGCAAGUCGCUCGGUGUUGUUACUCAGGAAAACCUCUUGAGGAUCCACCCACUGCUGUGUCAGUGCAAACUGUGCAAACCGAGUGAUAGUGAUCUGGAGGAGCAGAAAAACGACGACGAGUGUUUUGUGUGUAAGAGUGAGGGAAAGCUAGUCGUCUGUGACCGCUGCCCGCGUUCCUUCCAUGCAACGUGUCACCUGCCUUACAUCGACGACAACAUUUUGAGUUACAACAGAGAGUGGAUUUGUACCUUCUGCGUCUUCUCGGCGGCUCGAGAGUGGCGCUACAGUGACGAGUUGGAAAGCGAUUCAUUCCUGUCCAAACAAAUAUCCAAACACUUGAUGGAGUGCCAGUACCUCCUCCUCUUUCUGCUUAGUGCUGAUGAUGAACAGUUUUUUGCAACAAAUCCAUGUGGCUCCCUGAAAGACUACGCCGCUGUGGUCCAGACCCCUAUGUGGCUACACAAAAUUGCCGAAAAGCUCGACAAGAACCACUACCGCUACGUUGCUGAAUUUGUAUCUGACAUCCAGCUCAUUUCCUCCAACUGCGCUUUGUAUUACAAGACUAACCCUCACUUCCUCAGCAUGGGAUCCAGACUGAAAACGUUAUUUGAUGAAGAACUUAAGAAUGCCUUCUAAACUUUCAAGGACAUUUUUCCGAGAGAGAGAACAUAUAAUGAAUCCCCCGCAUAUUUGCUUUAUGACAUUGCCAAAUUCACUGAAUUCCAGAUGUCUUUUUUUCAUUGAUCACUGAAACACACACCUAUUCACUGUUUUAAAAAUAAUUACUUUGCUGGCAUCUUUGUGCCAAGGAACUAUGGUGAUUUGAAUUCAGUUUUGACAAAAAGUGCUUGAACAUCAACUUAUGCCAUUUGUCGAAAAUUAUAAACCACUGUCAGUUAUUCCAUCAAUCACUCGCAGAUUUUCGCAUUUACGGUGGGGCUUGUUCGCGAUCCCCUGCAACUAGCGGGGGUUCAUUGCAUGUGAAUUUCUUGUGUUUUACCGCAGUAUAUAUACACUUCUGCAUUUUAAACCUGCGUUGGCUGAUGUUGGUGCAAAUGUCAAACCUGCUAAUUCAGAAGAGAAACUACAUAGCCUGCAGCAAAAAUAAUAAAGUAUAUUAUUUUAA